AGCAACAUUGUGUAUAGUGUAUUGCUGUGACUAGCUCAUGGUUUCUUAGUACAGUUUCUGCUACAUGUAUGGACUUUCCUUAAAUUCACUAGAGCAUUCCUUUCAUAGAUUGCUCCUAGUCAAACCCUAAUGAGUUGCUUGAGAGACAAACCAUAAAGCAGUGUGACAGUGCAUGGGCCAUCGUCCUUAAACCCACUAACCCAGCUUUUAUCCCUAACAGUGAAACCAACCAAAGCAUGGAAAAAGAUCUCAAUAUUCACAUUAUUUUAAAAAACAAUCUAUUUGAUACUCUAUGUAUUUGCUACUUGAGCCUCAGUGAUAUUUUUCUUUUACUUUAAAUAUGAAUGUGUCCUAAAAUAGAAGGAUCACCAAGGCAAACAUGCAAAGAUUCAAAUCCUGCAGACCACAGCUAACAACCUAAAAAUCUGACCCUGGAGAGAGAUGAACCUUCUUGCAUGCCCUUGCAUUUCCAGAGUCUUACUCAUUAGCCCCCGAAGUCAGUCAACUGUUUACAGAAACUUCAUUAACUGCAAGGCCCCUAAUGAUAACAAAGCUUGUAGCCUGACAUCAAUGGUUCAGAUAAGAAUAGUUAAGCUAGUAUUUUGGUUGUCAAGAGUGUGUGCUGUUUACUGUACAGUGUAUGGGAGUGAACUCACAACUGAGUGUUCUCAUUUUCGAAAUCCCAAUCUCGAGGAUUCUUCAAAAGAAAGCCAAAACAGAGCAGUCAUAUAUUGCAAGAGACCUUAACACAAUGCAGGGAUUUCAAUAUUUGCUGCUUCACCUGUGCCUCUGUGUGGCUCGUUCUUGUGAGGGGAAAUCAAUACGUAAAGUCAGUAAAUGGGAAACGAUGGAGGUUGCUACAGCAUUGGAGCCUGACCUAGAGGAUCAGGACAGCUUGAAUUCCAGGUUGGAGAGCUUUAUGGGCACCAUGAAGGAAGACUUUCUGAAGAUGCUGAACUUGUCAGCGGUCCCGCAGGACCAGAGGAAAGUUCAGCCUUCUUCUUUUAUGAUGGACCUGUAUAACAAAUAUGCUUCGGAUAAGUCUUCCGUCCCACACUCCAAUGUCAUUCGAAGUUUCAUCAUACAGGAUGUGACCCAGUCAGUUGUUAGUAUAAACAAAACUAAACACAGACUACUAUUCAAUAUCUCCAUCCCUUACUAUGAGGAGGUCACUAUGGUGCAACUCCGGCUCUUCACACAGUGGGACAGCGGGCAGACAACCUGUGAUAAUACUUUUGCUUCCAUUAGUAUUUAUGAUGUAGAACAGAUACAGAACCCAAAGACACUACACUUCCUGGACAGAAAGGACAUCAAUAACACAGGAAACGUUUGGGAAGCCUUCAAGGUAACAGAUGCAGUCCUAAGUUGGCUUCAGUCAAGGUAUGGAGCAGGUGAGCUAGAGGUUGAAGUAGAAAGUUGGGGCUGUGGGUCAUUUAAAGGAGGGGGUUAUGACAUUAGCCUAAAUUUGGAGGAUGACACCUCUCCUGCUCUGAUUGUCUUUUCGGAUGACCUUGAGAACUGGAAGAGGAAAGCCAAAAAUGAGGUAAAAGAAAUGAUGACUCAUGAAGAGGAGACAUUUUUGUUGAGGACAGGCCCUAUGGAUGACUAUGAAAAUGAGGUUGACCUGGACCUGCAUUCCAGGAAAAAGAGAAACACAAAGAACUUCUGCCAAAGGACCUCACUGAGGGUGAAUUUCAAGGAUAUUGGAUGGGACAAGUGGUUUGUGGCACCACCUGAAUAUGAAGCCUAUGAAUGUAAAGGGGUGUGUGAUUACCCCCUAACAGAUGAUGUCAGCCCUUCCAAACAUGCAAUCAUCCAAACCCUGGUAAACCUGAGCAACCCAAAAAAAGCCAACAAAGCUUGCUGUGUUCCAACAAAGCUGGACCCCUUAACUGUCAUGUACCAAGAGAAUGGCAUCAUCACUGUAAGGCACUUCUAUGAGGAGAUGAAGGUGGCUAAGUGCGGAUGUAGGUAAUGAGAGACUACCCAUGCUGCCUUUCUCACAAUACGUCAAUACGGUUAUAUUGGGCAGCGUGUAAAAAUGGUACAGUAACCUGAAUGCUUGUAUAAAUCUAUGUGUCAUUGAUACAUAUUACAAAUAUAUCUUUAACAGAUAUAUUGAAAUAAAUUAUGAAACUAUGAAAAUUAUGUGAAAAUGCAUUUGAUUAAGAUGCAUUUUGUAAUUCAAUUACAGAAAAAUACACUGGAGUUUAUCAUAAUGAGUGGAUAGAUAAUACAAUUCUGUGAUAAUUGAUUAUAUGAUUAGUAUCAGACUUUUUAAGUUUGUAUUUAGAAGGUGGUAGAAAGGAAUAAAGAAUCAUUAGAACCACAGAACCACCAUCAUUAGUUAGGCCACAUGUCAAUGUAUGUUUAUAAAGUUCCUAAGGUAGUUUCUAGUAUUUGAAAUAAGAAUAUACUGAUCCCAAAAGUAUCUUGACAUUUUUUCACUUCAGUUCAAUACAUAUACCAAAUACAACCAAAUGCUCAAAAUCUAUCUGAAUACAUAUUUACAUGUAAUUAUAAUACUGCUCAUCUCUGUAUAACACCGAGUUGAAUUUAAGUAUUCAUUAGCCAAUGCUGAUUUAUUUAUCAUUAUUUAUCCAUGUUUCUUGGUGACAAAAAUGUGAAUAGACAAUAUAAUAUAUAUCUUAUAUAAUAGAUUAUGGUUAGGUUGUAUAUUGGCUACAUAUUUUCAAAUGAAUGUUAGUGUGUAUUCCUUUUAUUUAGUGUGUAGUAUUUUUCACAUGUUCUUCACAUAAGAAACAUGAAAGUAUUUCUAAACUGGCACAAAAAAGAAUGC